ACACCUGGAGUCAUAAGAAGCGUGCUGAUGCCAAACAUUCCACUCAAAGAAGCCGGCAUUUUAAUUCUUGCUGCGACAUGAGGUGUUUCCUGUAACCCAUCAUGGCACCAGGGGAUGUGGUGCCAGAUCAUGCAAAGCAGUUGAAGUCUAAGGAGAAACGGCCUGGAAACCGGGCGCCAAAAGCAGAAUGUGAGCCUGAUGGGUCCUUUGUGUUUGAGGCUCACGAAGCCUGGAAGGACUUCCAUAACUCUCUCAGGCAUUUCUAUGAAGUGGGGGAGCUCUGUGACGUAACACUAAAGGUUGGCAGUAGGUUGAUACCAUGCCAUAAGCUAGUACUGGCUUGUGUCAUCCCUUAUUUCAGGGCCAUGUUCCUGUCAGAAAUGUCAGAAGCCAAACAGGAACUCAUAGAGAUUAAGGACUUUGAUGGAGAUGCCAUCCAGGACCUGGUGCAUUUUGCUUACACCUCGAAACUCACUUUAACUGUUGACAAUGUCCAACCCCUGCUUUAUGCUGCCUGCAUCCUUCAGGUUGAGUUGGUGGCGAGAGCUUGCUGCGAGUACAUGAAGGCCCACUUUCACCCCACUAACUGCCUGGCAGUUCGAACUUUUGCUGAGAGCCACAAUCGUGUGGACCUGAUGGACAUGGCUGAUCGCUACGCCUGUGAGCACUUUACUGAGGUGGUGGAGUGUGAGGACUUCACAUGCGUAUCGCCUCAACACUUGCGCACAUUAUUGUCCUCCUGUGAUCUCAAUAUCCACUCGGAGACACAGGUGUACAAUGCAGCAGUGAAGUGGCUGAAAGCAAACCCACAGCACCAUGAGGCCUGGCUGGACCAGAUCAUGUCUCAGGUGCGCCUUCCUCUGCUGCCUGUAGAGUUCCUUACUGGAACAGUGGCAAAAGACGAGAUGAUCAAAGGUAACCUGAAUUGUCGUGACCUGAUGGAUGAAGCCAGAAACUACCACCUGCACCUCAGCAACAAGGCGGUUCCAGACUUUGAGUAUUCAGUCCGCACCAUCCCCCGAAAGCAUACUGCAGGGGUUUUAUUCUGUGUUGGUGGCCGGGGAGGUUCUGGUGACCCAUUUCGGAGCAUUGAAUGCUACUCCAUCACUAAAAACAGCUGGUUCUUUGGUCCUGAAAUGAACAGCAGACGACGGCAUGUGGGGGUAAUAUCUGUCGGAGGCAAAGUGUAUGCUGUUGGUGGCCAUGAUGGCAAUGAACACCUAGGCAACAUGGAGAUGUUUGAUCCCCUCACUAACAAGUGGAUGAUGAAAGCCUCUAUGAACACCAAAAGGAGGGGUAUAGCCUUGGCAGCUCUUGGUGGUCCUAUAUAUGCUAUUGGAGGUUUGGAUGACAACUCCUGCUUCAAUGAUGUGGAGCGUUAUGACAUUGAAAGUGACAGCUGGAGUGCUGUGGCCCCGAUGAACACACCCAGAGGAGGGGUGGGAUCAGUUGCUUUGGGGAGUUACGUCUAUGCAGUGGGUGGAAACGAUGGCGUGGCGUCGCUGUCCAGUGUGGAAAGGUUUAAUCCUCACCUAAACAAGUGGACAGAAGUCAGUGAGAUGGGCCAACGACGGGCCGGGAAUGGAGUCAGCAAACUCAAUGGCUGCCUCUAUGUAGUGGGUGGUUUUGAUGACAACUCACCCCUGAGUUCUGUAGAGCGCUUUGACCCCCGAAUGCACCGCUGGGAGUACGUGUCUGAGCUCACCACCCCACGCGGUGGUGUCGGGGUUGCUACUGUCAUGGGGAGAGUGUUUGCGGUCGGGGGACACAAUGGAAACAUAUACCUGAACACAGUGGAGGCUUUUGAGCCGAGAAUGAACAGAUGGGAGCUGGUGGGCUCUGUGUCCCACUGCCGGGCCGGCGCUGGAGUCGCUGUGUGUUCGUCUCACGUCAGCCAGAUCAGAGACGUCGGCCAGGGCUCCAGCAACGUGGUCAACUGUAUGUGACGACAAUCCCGUGUCGCCUGCCAGGUCACCGUCAGAUCUCUGAACAAGCACAGCACACAAAGCACACAGACUAACGUUACUGUUAUUGCUGAGCAUGAGCAUCUUACUGAAGGCUGAUGCUGAGUUGGCACAAAACGACUGAGGAAUAUUCGCUCGAAUUUCCACACUUGAAACCUGAAGUGACACAAUGACGUAAUUCCAGACUCCUGCUGGUGUUAAUUAAAAUCAUUGAUGUAGUAUUUUGUACUGUAUUUUCUCCUGUUUGUUUGCAUUUGACAUAGUUUUCUCUAUUUUUUAAGGGGACAAUAGUAGCGGAGCCUUUUUUUAUUUUAAGACAAACCUCCUGAGAAUGAUUGGCGCUAGUAAGAAAGAGUUUCUUGUCUCUAAAAAGCUCUGCACAUGUUGUUCUCCGUGUAGGUUAUGAUAGAUCUUUACCAGCCUGAGUGGUUAAAACGUUGACAUCUUCAGUUCUGUGAAAUGGGAUAUGAAGCUUCACAUAGAUAAGCUAAGAUUUCCUGUGAUCUUGCUCCAGGAAAAACACUCCUGCUACAGUAGUUUGACUUUUUAAAGCUGUGUUUGAGAUUUUAUUUCUGCAGAUUUAUCUGGACUGUGCCAUUAAUAUGUUUUAAAUAAUCAUUUUAAGCUCCUUGAGUUGAAGCAGUUCUCAGCUGAGAUUUAAGAUACUCUGGGAAUCACACUCCAAGAUCCGGUUCAUUUGCCUGCUGAAUGCGAGUCACUUUAUUUACUUCAGUUUCCUAACUGAGAGAGGUGUCACACCUCUUACAUGAAGGUCGAGCAGUGAUCAGAGCAACAUGGUGAUCCCCUUCUAUGCCAGUUUUACCCGACUGAGCAGAUCAAUCUAAGAUUUGUUUUUCUUUGACGAUAGCUGGACUGUCAGAAAUCCUAAUCAAUUUGCUUUAUGAGAUUUAGCCGAGGUUUGUGUCUGCAGAUAGUCCCAUAAUAUUUCAAUGUAUAGACAUUUUUGUAUUGUCAAACUGUUGUAUCUUUGAUAUUAGUCUUUACUAUAUUAUUCGUUGUUGUGCACUAUUUUCUUAGAAUAGAUGUGAAGUCUGAAUAUAUUUUUGUCUGAAUUGAAAAAUUUCACGUUAAGUUUGAGGAUGUUUAUUUAAAUGACUAUCGCUGCAAUUCUGGCAGUUUAGUUUUGAGAGCAGUGGCACAGAUAACUUUUAAAGAAAUUAUAUUUACAAUUUGUACAGUAAGAGAUGCAUAUUACGCUAUUUGUGGGCCACUGGUGCGAAUACUAUCAAUCAUUUUUACACCAAAUAUGAAGCAAAUUUUGUCUUUUCUAAACUUGGAUAUGUAACUUGGAUAUGUGUUGUACUUUCUCCUUUUGACUGCUUCUAUCUUGUGCUAUAUUUACAUGAUAUUGGUAUAAAUUGGUACAAUAAAGUUAUGUGUAAAGCUCA